AUGUUGUCGGAGGAGUUCUAUUCCUGCAUCUGCGGCCCGCCUAUUGCGGCGAACACAGCCAUCUCCAAAGAUGUUGGUAUCUACGCCCACUCACUCACUCCUAGUUAUUCCGUCAAAUCAACUUUGAAGAAGAGUAACUCGCCAGCCAACUGCUUAGCUGUCAGUGAAACACACGUCUUUGCCGCCCAGUAUGAAAAGUCCCAGGUACAUGUCUACUCAAGGGCGCGGGGUAUCCAAGAGACCACCGUAACCUUCCCUGAACGAAUCCGUAGCUUGGCGUUGAUCGGUGAUGUCUUGGCGUUAGGCACUUCCGAAGGAAGACUGAUCCUGUGGGAGACAUGCACUGGUCGUCAAAUGACCACGCCGCCAUGCCACGUCCAGGCUGUAUCAUGCCUUGCUGUUACGCCUCACCACCUCAUCACCGGCUCUGAUGACUCCAACAUCCACAUCUGGACGUUGUCCCGCCUCUUGGAGCUGAAUGCUUCAGUUGAGAGCGAGCCUGAUCGCACGCUCUCUAACCAUCGCGCUGCAAUCACUUCGCUCGCCGUCAGCCGGAGCGUUAACCCGGAAACCAGCAUCUGCGUAUCAGCCAGCAAAGACAAGACGUGUAUUAUCUGGAACUAUCAAACAGGCGAUGUUCUGCGCACUCUGUUGUUCCCCACAGCUCCGCUCUGCGUUUCCAUGGAUCCCUGUGCUCGUGCCGUCUUCGUUUCAUCCGAGGACAGGUCUCUCUACCUCGUCGAUUUGCUUGGAGACAAACCGCUCAUUGGUUCCCGUAGUGCUGAGUCGGCAUCCACUGUUGUUCAGGUCAAUUCGCCGAUUGGACUCGCUGAUGAGGAUGCUGGCCCAGCUUCUUGCUUGGCAGUAAACCAUGAUGGCACGACAGUUUUAACAGGCCACACCAAAGGCAAAAUCUUGCAAUGGCAACUGACUGAAAACGGGCAUCCUACAGAGCUGGCAGAUGUCAACGCUUCUGUAACAAACUUGUUGUUUCCCCCACUAUUGCAAGCUACCCGAUCCACAAAACCUGGUGUGGUUGUCAAGCCGAAUUUGGCCGAGCGUCAGUACACCUUCACGUCUCAAUUGAACACGGAGCUCCAGCAAGAGACCAGAUUCACAAAGAUGCUCAAUGGUUACGGACUGCCUAAUGAUGUUCUUGAAUCCGCUAUUCUCUCGUUUCAAGAGGCGUCUGCGCAGGCCUCUGCUGAAGGCGACGAUGCUGAGACUCAAAGGGAAACGGAUGAGUUAUGGGAAAUAAUCAACGAGCAACGAGCACUACAAAAGCUGACCAUGCAACGUUAUAUCGAAGCCAGAUCGUCUCAUUCUUGA